AUGGCUUCGAGCCUGCCGAUACCCGCUCCACCGCGGACUCCUACUCCGCCAACUCCAAUUCGUGAGGAAGCGGAUGGUCUGGGGAUUGGUGGUGCCGAUCGACAUGGCUAUUCGAAUGUUCCAUUCGAUCGCAACACCCUGUCGCCAUUGACCGAUACUUUUCCAGGGCGCUUCGGGUCAAUGGGCUCUCCAAUGCAGCCCUCUGGGAGCAGUGGGAGCAAUACGACCAUGGGACAGGGACGGCCGCCCUCCAGCGGGGGGGCUCGCAACCCUUUUAACUUCCAGACACAAACAAUCAGUGAUACUCCAGCAGUCGCUAAAUCAGUAGGGCAAUCACCAAACAAUGAAUACGGUUUUCUAUCACCGCAAAAAAUGUAUGCUAACGGGCGGCAAAAGAAUAUGGGCCAGCGUAGAGGUCAUAGGUACAAACACAGCAGUGUGUCUACGCAGCAUCAAAUCUUCCUAGAGCCACCACCUCGUGCGCCCCUCACCCUACCUGCCUCUCUCCCGAUACCCACAUUCAAGGAGGCGUGGCACAGCAUGUCGAAAGAACAAACAACGCGGAUAGUUUGGUGCGGGUGUCAUGCGUUGAUUGCAGCAUAUGUGCUGUAUUCUUCUGCUAACUCCCUUGCACUUACCGCCCUCUCUCAUCUCGUAUUCUUCGAUGCGAUAUCGGCAACAAUCUGUGUGGUAGUGGACGUAUUCUGCAACUUCGAGGUGUGGAAACGAUCCUCCAUUCGCCAUCCGUUCGGUCUGCAGCGUGCAGAAGUCCUCGCCGGAUUCGCCAUGUCCGUCUUCCUCCUCUUUAUGAGCUUCGAUCUCAUUUCCCACAAUAUUAAGCACGCCCUCGAAUCCAUAGGCUCUCAUACCCCCCACCACCCGCAUUCUCACCAGAGGAUAUCACCGGGAAGCGUCGAUUCCGCUGCACUUCUCUCAAUUAUCGGCACGCUAAUAUCGGCAAUUGGGCUCAAAAACCACGCAAGAAUAGGAAAAGCCAUGCGUUUCGUCUAUAUUUCUUCUCUUCCUAGCGUUCUCUCUAACCCAUCCCAUUUCCUAACACUCUCUUGCAGCGCAAUCAUGUUUCUCUUACCGCUACUAAGUAUCAAAAUGUAUCUGUGGCUGGACCGUCUCCUUUGCACUCUGAUUGCAGCCAGCAUGUUAUUCCUGGGGACCCGCCUCGCCAUUACACAGGGUCUCAUGCUACUCAUGUCGUACAGCGGCCAAGGCGUUCGUGAUGUGAUGCGGGAGAUCGGCAGAGAUCCAAUUAUCACAUCUGUGGAGGAAGCGCGGUUCUGGCAGGUGCAUUUCGGUCUCUGCAUGGCGAACUUGAAGCUCGUUGUCCGGGGUGACGAUAUCCAGAUGCAGAAAUUGAAGGAGAGAAUUACAGUCCUCGUUAGGAAUCGUCUUGGCGGUGGGUAUGGGAGUGGUUCAGGGCUGAAGUGGGAGGUCACAGUGCAGUGCACGCAAGAUAGGGGCUACACCUAA